AAACAGCACAACCAAAGCGAGGCCGUCAAAAUUGAAAAAAGGAAAAAGAAAAAAACACACGUAAAAAUCGUUGCAACAGACACCGAUUGCAGAGAAUCACACGUUUCUCUCUUGUGCCGCUCGAAAAUUCCAAAGAACCACCAAUAUAAAAAACUUCAACCCAAAAUUGAUAUUCUUCGAUAUCCAAAUUGGAAUAUUAUCAAUGGAAAUUUCUUUGAUCUCCGACACGCUAACGACGGUGGUCACAACCCAAGGUCUAGGGUUUUCAAAAUUCCUUCUGAAUCGCAGCAACGUUCUGUCACUCUCCGAUUCCUCAUCGGAGCAACAAAUAUCUCCUUCCCCCGCCGGAGUUCGUCAAAUCUCCGCCGUGAUUUUCCCUGUCGAUGUGCUAGCGCCGCCGCCUGUUAAAUACAAUAACGUCAAAACGGCACCUCGAAGGCUAGCUCGUAAGACAAGGCGGCGGACUAGACGGAAGUCCUUAGGCGGCGGUGGAGCUGAUGAGGGAGAUGAAAACGGUUUUUUAUUCGAUUAUGAUGGGCCGUUUGGUGGCGGUGGUAGUAGCUGGAACGGCGGAGGUAGUGGUGGUGGUGCUGGUGGUGGUAGGGGAUGGAAUUUCGACGGAUUUGGAGGGGCAAAUUGGGAAGAAUCAUCGUCUAACUCGUUUUCGGAUCCGGCUUUUGAUUUGGUCUACGAGUUGAUGUGUUGGGUUGCGUUGUCGAAUUGCUUACAUUUUGCGUUCAAGAAAGUGGUGAGAAUUUUGGCUGAUGGAUUCAGCGAUCCAGCUAGAGACAAGGUUCCUGUGUGACUCACUUCUGUCUACUGAAUCGGUAAAUUCAAUUUUACUGAGUAAAUUCUAUUGGAGCUGUGGCUCUGAUUCAAUGUAAAUAGUGUAUAUAUAUUUGUGGACUCUGCCUAUCGUAACUAAUUGUACAUAAGCUAUCCGUGGCUAUUCAUAGUUGUUUAUAUGGGAUUAGAAGUUACUUCAUAGUUCAUAAUUGGUUCACUUAGUUACUUGUACAUGACUAAACGUUCCAUUCUAUGUGGUGAGACAUGAAUUUGCUUUUGAUAUGUUUUGCAUUAGCUA